AUGACCAUCCAGACAGAUCGCACCAGGUCCUCAGCACCAACUCAGGCCUCAUCAGUUUUACCGAGCACUGUCACAGCUUCUGGGAUGGAUAAAGGCUUCACAGAUUUAGAUUUUCUUUCGCAACUCAUGCAUAAGGAAUACUACACUCAGUAUUCUCCUUCCGAUGUGGUCGACGAUGACGGUACCAAGCUCCUUGAUGGUGGUAUAGCAACUAGUCCUCCACCAAGGUCUCGCUUCCUUCACUUACGGCCAUUGCUAAGCCAUGGUGUGCUGAUGUCCAUAACUUUGGUGUUCUUCACACUCUGGGCACAGGCGCCUUCGAUAGAUGACGUAGUUCUGUUUUCUCCAGCAAAUGAGGCAGUUGAAUCUAUCGGCAUCGUAAAAUUCAACGGAAGUUUUGGUGCUACUUCCAUAUACCGUGGCAGUCCAUCCUCAGAGCUCGACGCCGCUUGGGAUAGGAUAUCUUAUAAUGCGCGCCCAAUUCAGAUGACGCAUGAGCAAUUGCUCAGAACAGGGGGAAAACCUUCUCCUGCCAUGGCUAGGUAUCCGGACAAAUACGGUGGAGGUUACAUGGCAACUGUAGAAGUCAUUCAUCAGCUUCAUUGCUUAGACAUGGUUCGCAGAGCCAGCUGGGGUGACCACCACUCUCAUCAUGGGAACAUGUACGAAACCCCUGAAGAAUUUCGUACCCAUCUCGACCACUGCAUUGAGAUGCUCAGGCAGUUCACUAUGUGUACCAGUGAUACGACAAUGAUAACUCAUGAUUGGGUAGAGGGAAGGACAACCCCAUUCGCUGAUUUCAACGUUCAUCACCAAUGUAAAAACUUUGAGAAGGUCUUAAAUUGGGUCGAUGAGCAUCGUGUUUUUGUCCCUAAAUCCGAGAUGGUCCGCUUGGACGAUAACGUGGACCUGCCUUCCCCUCCUUGACCACAUUCUUCAUGUAUUCUCUCCUUAUGAAGCAUCCUCUCCCUAUGAUAGUAGUUAUAGUCGCAGCAUUGUCUCCAACUCCCACGUUAGUGGAGGACAAGAAGUGUG